AUGUCUGCUGCCAGCUAUCUGCAAUCUGAUGAUCGCUUUCUGUGCUCCAUCUGUCUGGAUGUGUUCACUGAUCCAGUCAGCACACCAUGUAGACACAACUUCUGCAAAAACUGCAUCAAUGGACACUGGAACAGUAAUAAUCAGUGCCUCUGUCCAAUGUGUAAAGAGAUUUUCAUCACAAGACCUGAGCUUCACAUCAACACUUCCAUCUCUGAGAUGGCCCUGAAGUCCUGUCUGGUGCUUCUGGUGUUUCUGGUGAUUCCGGUGUGUCUGGCCUUCAUCCACUUUCGAACACAGCGGGAGCCUCAUCUGACAUCUUCACAUGAGAAAAGACAUCAGCUGAUCGAUCCUGUGGAGAACCAGGAAAACAGGAUGUGUAUGAAGCACAAUAAACCUCUGGAGCUGUUCUGUAAGACCGACCAGACAUGUGUCUGCACUCUCUGCACCUCUUCAGACCACAAGACACACGAUUGUGUUCCUCUGAAAGAAGAAUAUGAAAGACAGAAGGCAGAGCUGGGGAAGACAGAGGCUGAAAUUCAGGAGAUGAUCCAGAAGAGACGACUGAAGAUUGAAGAGAUCAAACACUCAGUUGACCUCAGUGAGGAAGCUGCAGACAGAGAGAAAGCAGAAGGUGUUCAGGUCUUCACCGCUCUGAAGAACUCUGUUGAGAGAAGCCUGAAUGAGUUCAUUAAGACGAUUGAAGAGAAGCAAAGAACAACAGAGAAACAGGCUGAAGACUUCAUCAAAGAGCUGGAACAGGAAAUCUCUGAGCUGAAGAAGAGAAGCUCUGAGGUGGAGAAGCUCUCACACUCUGAAGACCACCUCCACCUCCUCCAAAACUUCCUGUCCCUGAAAGCUGCUCCACCCACCAAAGACUGGACUGAUGUCAGCGUCCGUCCAUCAUAUGAGGGGACUGUGGUGAAAGCUGUGGCUCAGCUGAAGGAGACGCUCAGUAAACAGAUGAAGAAGCUGCUUGCUGAAGCUGAGCUGAAGAAGGUCCAGCAGUAUGCAGUGGAUGUGACUCUUGAUCCUGAUACAGCAAAUCCUAAACUCAUCCUGUCUGAUGAUGGGAAACAAGUACAACAUGGUGAUGUAAAGAAGAAUGUCCCAGACAACCCAGAGAGAUUUUCAGAUUGUGGUAAUGUUUUAGGAAAACAGAGUUUCUCUUCAGGCAGAUUUUACUUUGAGGUUCAGGUUAAAGGGAAGACUCACUGGGAUUUAGGAGUGGCCAGAGAGUCGAUCAACAGGAAGGGAAAAAUCAUACUGAUUCCUCAGAAUGGGUUCUGGGCUAUAUGGUUGAGAAAUGGAAAUAACUACAAAGCUCUCACUGGUUUUUUAAAUGAUCUCUCUCUGAAGUCUCCUCCUCAGAAGGUGGGGGUGUUUGUGGAUUAUGAGGAGGGUCUGAUCUCCUUUUAUGAUGUAGAUGCUGCAGCUCUUAUCUACUCCUUUACUGGCUGCUCCUUCACUGAGAAACUCUACCCAUACUUCAGCCCUGGUCCUAAUUAUGGUGGUAAAAACUCCGCCCCUCUGAUCAUCUUUCCUGUCAAUCAAACUGUCUGAUUUAUUUUUUAUGAUCAGUAAUUUAUUAAACAACGAAGCACUGCCAAUAAUGAACAGUGUUUAAUAAGUAAAUCAAUUAGUACAUUUUGAGUCUACUGUGUAAGGUAUAUGAAGGCACAGUAUUUAUACUACGAAAACGACACAGCAGUCAAUACAUGGCAAUAGUUUUUUUUAAUUUAGUGACAUAAAACAACACCAAACAAUGAUGAUCUGAUUAUUAUAAUCAAAACUUUUAAGAUUUAGUCAUUCAAGGUAAAUAAAUAAAUGUACAGAUGUAUAUGUUCAGUAUAAAGUAGUUUUUUGUAUCUUGGAUUUUUACCUUUUACUCAUAUUUUUACUGCUUCAGCAUCCUUCCACUAUUCAUCUGUUUGUAUUUCAGUUUUGAUGGAGCCGUCAAGAGAAACAUGAUGUAUUGAUGCAGCCAUUAAAAUUCAUGAUGUUUGAAUAUUUCAAUGUUUAGCUUCAAUGAUUGAACACGAAGAGAAAAAUAAUAUUCAGCUGCAGCCUGUUUUCAUAUUACUUUUUUAAAAUAACAAAAUAUUUGAAAUGUAUUGAAUAUUUGUAUUUCCUUUGACUGUUGUUGCUUAUACAAAAAUAUGAUUUCAGUGUAUUGAAUUAGAAUCUACUUGUUUUUAAAUCUACAUUGAUUAUAUUCUUUCACUGUUUCUACUGUUUUACUUUUGAUGUUUUUUAUUGUUGAUGUUUCAUGUA